AAACUAAUCACUAGUAUGUUUUUUUUUUUGCAUGUGGGCCCCGACACCUGCUCAGUGAUCUCUCAACUAUUAAAAGAAGAAGAUACUGAAGCCUGGGGUGUUGAGCCAUACGAGUUAGAUGAUGUCGAUGGCAACUGCAAGAGUCUUGUACACAAAGGCACUGUGCGUGUAGCUGAUAUCAAGUUUCCUCUUCCGUACAGGGCAAAGUCAUUCUCUCUUGUCAUUGUGUCAGAUGCUUUGGAUUACUUGUCACCCAAAUACCUAAACACGACUGUUCCAGAAUUAGCGAGGGUAGCUGCUGAUGGUUUAGUUUUAUUAUCAGGUCAGCCAGGCCAGCAGAGAGUUAAAGUGGCCGAGCUAUCAAAGUUCGGACGCCCAGCUAAACGGAGGAGCUCAACUUGGUGGAUAAGGUUUUUCAUUCGAACCGGCUUCCAUGAAAAUGAAUCUGCUGCCAAGAAAUUCGAGCAGGCAGCAGCCAAGAAUUCCUAUGAGUCGACCUGCCAAGUUUUUCACCUCAAACCUUCGCACUGAGAGAGGGCAUCCUUCGUGAAGAUGGUGCUGAGAAGGAUCUUUAGUUUUUAUAAUGAUAAAUUAUAUUCAUAAAAUUGGGUUACCACCUUAUUUGAUAUUUCAUUAUGACAGAAGAAUUGGUUGAUUAAAAGCUUUGUUGGUUGUAAGCAAGCAUCCACAGAAUUAUACCAUUAUGCCAAAUUAGGCAUUGGAAGUGAAAUGGACCAUUCUCUAGGGAAUGUUCAUAUUAACUGUAUUUUUUUCCUCAUAAUUGUAAAAGAAAACUAAUUUAUUAUUAUAUAUAUCUUGGAAUCCUCAUAUUUCUAUUUGUGGUCCAAGCCUCACUAUUGGAGAA